CAAGUUGAAGAUUUACAUCAAGCUUAUGUGGAAUUAAAAUCAUCAAUGAAGUUUAAAUAUUUGCUGAAAACCAUAUUGGCAAUUGGAAAUUAUCUUAAUGGUUCCACAUUCCGAGGAAAUGCGAUCGGAUUUCGGUUGGAUUGUCUUUUAAAGAUAAGCGAAACAAAAGCUUUAGAAAAUAAUCCUAAAGGGCUUUCAACAUUACUUCAUUAUUUAGCUGCGACACUUGAAGAAAAACAGAAUGAUUUGAUAACAUUUAUGGAUGAGUUAAAACAUUUGGAGGGGGCAUCAAAGGUUUCAUAUGUUGCAGUUAUAGGGACCGUUGCAUCUUUGGGGAGUGGAGCUGACCUAAUCAAAGAAGAAAUUAGGAUCUUGAAGAAGAUAAGAUUGACACCGAGUAGUGAUCGUUUUUGUGAAGUUAUGGAGGAAUUCAUUAAACAAAUUGAACCAACCAUCGAGAGCAUAAAAGAAUUUACGCAAGAAUUAGAAGAAAGACUAAACCAAUUACUAAAAUACUAUGGAGAAGAUCCUACCGUUACUAAACCUGAAGAAUUUUUCGGCAUGAUUGUUGAAUUCGGAAAAUCUUUGGAGGCGAUAAGACGACCAUCAGAUACUUCAAGUAUAGCUUCAUUAUUAGCAGGGCAAGAUUUUGAUAAUACAAUUCGAGAAUUAAGAUCUGGAUUAAGAAAAAAUCGAGACAGACCUAUUUCGAAAGUUUUUUCUGAAUUGCAAUUAGAUGUAAUUUAUUCACACAGUCGUAAUGCUAGCAGUGUAUAUCCUUCAGCAUAA